UACCAAUAUUAGUUGCAAAAACUUCAAACAAAUUAGAGUUAAUCUCCGUUGUCCACAAGAGGUGUAUGAUUUUUCAUUAGUCUUUGGUUCAGUGAGAAUAAACAUGACUGCACUCUACUUGGAACACUAUUUAGAUAGUUUAGAGCAUUUACCUAUUGAAUUACAAAGGAAUUUCACGCUGAUGCGUGAUUUAGAUGCCAGGGCACAAGGAUUAAUGAAAGAUAUAGAUAAACUAGCUGAUGACUAUUUAAAAAAUGUGAAGAAAGAGUCUCCAGAAAAGAAGAAAGAACAAUUGACUCAUAUUCAAAACCUGUUUAACAAAGCAAAAGAAUAUGGUGAUGACAAAGUUCAAUUAGCAAUACAAACAUAUGAAUUAGUCGAUAAACAUAUCAGGAGGUUAGAUUCAGAUUUGGCAAGGUUUGAAGCUGAAAUACAAGAUAAGGCUUUGAAUAGUAGUAGAGCACAAGAAGAAAACAAUGCCAGUAAAAAAGGUAGAAAAAAGUUGAAAGAGAAAGAGAAACGAAAAAAAGGUGCUGCAGGUGCCAGUAGUGAAGAUGAAUCAAAAACAGCUAGGAAAAAACAGAAGAAGGGUGGAUCUGUUGCUUCUGCUUCAUCUGCUGGUGCUGUAGGAAGUGGUGCACAAGUUGACUCAACUGCACUUGGCCAUCCAGCAGAUGUUUUAGAUAUGCCAGUGGAUCCUAAUGAACCAACUUAUUGUCUUUGUCACCAAGUUUCUUACGGAGAAAUGAUCGGUUGUGAUAACCCAGAUGUAAGUCCAUAUUACAUGUUUCUCCAAACAUUUUAUAAAUUUAUAUCGAUUAUCAUAAAUAAUUUUCUUUUCUUUUUUUCUGUAGUGUCCUAUAGAAUGGUUCCAUUUUGCUUGUGUCGGAUUAACUACAAAACCUAAAGGGAAAUGGUACUGUCCUAAAUGCACA